AUGCUGGACCUGCGCCGCCUGACCUGGGAGGCCACGCCGGCCGCCGUUUUGGAGAGGGUGAAGGACGCCGAGGCGGUGCACCGUAUGGCGGGCUGGGGCGACCUGCGCGACCGCCUGGGGCCGCGGCGGCGCGUCUUUGCCCUCACACAUGCAGCCAUGCCGGGGGAGCCGCUGGUGGUGCUGCACGCCGCGCUCAUGACCCAUGCCCCCGAGGCCAUGCCCGAGAUCAUCAACCAGCCGCAGGCCCACCUGCCGCCCUGUGACCCCACCACCGCGGUCUUCUACUCCAUCUCCAACACCCAGCCGGGGCUGGCGCGGGUGGAGUUGGGGCAUUUCCUGAUUAAAAAGGUGGCCACGGAGCUGCUGAAGGAGUUCGACCUGCAGACGCUCGUCACGUUGUCGCCGCUGCCUGGGUUUGCCGCCUGGGUCAACCAUCGGCUGCUGGUCCAGGCCCGGGAGCGCAGCGGUACGCCCGAGGGCGACCUCGCCGAGCGGCUGCUGGUGCACCUGGAGAACGACGCCUGGCUUUCCUGCCACGAGGCCGAGGCCGUGGUACGGCCCUGGCUCAUGCGUGCGGCCGCCGUCUACCUCCUUUGGGAGAAGCGCAGGGGUCUGGCGCUGGACCCCGUGGCAGCGUUCCACCUGAAGAAUGGCGCGACGUGCUGGCGCCUGAACUGGCGCGCCGACGUCAGCGGGCCCGGCCUGGAGCGCAGCCACGGCAUCAUGGUCAACUACAUGUACGAUCUGGGCUCGCUGGAGGCCAACAACCGGGUAUACGUGGUGCAGGGCAAGGUAGCCGCCUCGGAGGAGGUCCUGCGGCUGCUGGACAAGGAUGAGGCAUCAUAG